UAUAUACCAUCCGUGUUCACAUUUGGUGGGUGGGUGGGUGGAUGGUCUUGACUUCUCCGUCCGUCUAAAUUCCUCUUCUUAAUCUUUUUUCGAGCGCCUCCGUCGAUCGGUCCGUCGAACUGAGACUUUGGUUUAUUUUUCCAUUGUAUGAAUAGCCAACCGGCCGCCGCCGCCGCCGCUGUCGAAGACGACUUCUCCUUCUACAUCUCCUUCUUUCAGGAUUCGACCUCCGGCUCCGCUGCUACGCCCAAGGCGGGUUCCGAUAUGCCCAAGGGCGGGCGGAAGCGGGAGGCGGGCGGUAGCGACGCCUCCGACGAGAGGCGGAGGAAGAAGCGGAAGUCAAUCGCGACUCUGCUGACCUCCAUCGCCGCUAUAGACGCGCAGGAGGAGACCGAGCGGCGCGAAUCGGAUGUGGCCUCCAGCCGGGAAUUAUCCCUCCUCGAGGAGAAUCACCAGCGGAAGAGCGAGGCGAUGCUCGAUUCCUACUCCCGCAUCCAGGACAAUUUCUCCGCUGUCGAGGACGAAGCGGAUACCCUUCGAUCGAAGCACGCCCGCCUGGUUUCGUCCGCCGUCGCCGUCGCCGCUGCGGCUACUGCUUCCGCGGAGGGAGACGCCGGCUCCAGCGCUCCCGCUGCUGGAGGAGCGGGCGGCCACCAUCAGAGGCGUCUUUGGGUGAAGGAUCGGUCGCGAGCAUGGUGGGAUCAGUGCAAUCACCCUAACUUCCCCGAGACCGAGUUCCGGAAGGCUUUUCGGAUGGGGCGUGCCACGUUCGACAUGAUCUGCGACGAGCUUGGCUCUGCGGUGGCGAAGGAGGACACGAUGCUCCGAGCCGCGAUCCCUGUCCGGCAGCGGGUGGCGGUUUGCAUCUGGCGGUUGGCCACCGGCGAACCGCUUCGCCUCGUCUCGAAACGGUUCGGGCUUGGCAUCUCCACCUGCCACAAGCUCGUACUCGAGGUGUGCACCGCAAUCAAGACCCUGCUCAUGCCGCGCUUCCUCCAGUGGCCCGACGAGCCUGCUGCCCCUGAUGUAAAAUCCCGCUUCGAGAGCAUCUCCGGCAUCCCCAAUGUGAUUGGAUCCAUGUACACCACCCACAUCCCGAUCAUCGCCCCCAAAAUUAGCGUGGCUGCCUACUUCAAUCGCCGGCACACGGAGCGAAAUCAAAAGACCUCCUACUCGAUCACCGUCCAAGGGGUCGUAAAUCCAGAUGGGGUUUUCACGGACGUCUGCAUCGGCUGGCCAGGUUCGAUGCCCGAUGACCAAGUGCUCGAGAAAUCGGCUCUGCACCAGAGGGCCGCCGCAGGGAUGCUCAAGAACACAUGGAUUGUAGGGAGCUCAGGUUAUCCUCUGACGGACUGGGUCCUGGUGCCAUACACCCACCAAAACCUGACCUGGACGCAGCACGCCUUCAACGAGAAGAUUGGGGAGGUGCAGCGUAUUGCUCGAGAAGCCUUCGCGAGGUUGAAGGGACGGUGGACAUGCUUGCAGAAGCGAACUGAAGUGAAGCUACAGGAUUUGCCAGUCGUUAUUGGUGCUUGCUGCGUGCUACACAAUAUCUGCGAGCUAAGGAAAGAGGAGAUGGAGCCGGAUCUCAGAUACGAACUGGUGGACGAUGAGAUGGUGCCAGAUAACAGCAUUCGAUCGGUGACUGCAUCGCAGGCCAGGGAGAACAUUGCCCAUAAUCUAUUGCAUCAUGGCCUCGCGGGCACAGCUUUCUUUUAGUUUUAUGAAAUGGAAAUUCAUUCGUUGGUUAUCCUUUGGGCUAUUUUGUUGGUAGGAAUGUAAAGCAAAAUUGGUUGUGUGGAAUGACUACCAGGUUUUGGUCUUAGAUUAGGGCUGUUUAGACAGAAAGACAGACAGUGGGAAACAAUUUACAGCGCAAAAGAGGGUUUUGUUGUUUAGAUACUUUUCAAAAACUAAAGAUUGAUUGUUAUUCUUUGGGAUUAA